AAAAAAAAAAAAGGAAAAAAAAAUGAAUGAACGAGAAAGUAAAGAACUAGAAAGGAAAGAGAGAACACAUCCCCGUUAUAGUAAGCGUACGCUAUUGAAGGCUCGGCAGUUUUCGCGCGGAGGUAGUUGGACUUCUUGUUUAGGGGACUAGGCAUAGUUAGCCUUGAUCGUGUCUAGUGUGUCAAUGUGCUCGACAAUGUCGAUUUAUUUUCCCGAGCGAGCCAGCGAGAUUCACGUGAGGGUAUGUGUGUGUGGGCAGUCUGCAGAAACAGGUCAGCGUUAUGAGUAUGAACUUGAGUGCCAAGCUGGACGAGCUGCAGCGGGGUGACCGCCAGCUGGAGACCACCGUCGCCCUCUGCGAGAUCCGCACGCAGCUGCAGGAACUCACCAAGAGCGUAGAGUCUUGCCAGAGCGAGGUCAGCGAGGUCAAACGGGACAUGGUCGCGAUCAAGCACGAACUAGAUACGGUACAGCAGGUGAAAGAAGAAAUAGAGGAAUUACGAGAAUACGUGGAUCGACUAGAAGAACAUUCACAUCGACGGAAACUUAGGCUUUUGGAGCAGAAUAUUGAAAAUUUUAUGAAAGACGUGUACAAGGAUAGGUACGGAGAGGAUAUUUCAGACGAUUCCGUGAAGAAAUUGUAUUCCGUGGCCGUAAGCAUAUUUGCGAUUGGUGGUAUGCUAGGUGGUUUUAGCGGAGGAAUAAUUGCCAACAGAUUUGGCAGAAAGGGGGGCUUACUGCUAAACAACGUGCUGGGCAUCGUGGGGGCGUGCCUGAUGGGUUGUACAAAGAUUGCUCACUCGUACGAAAUGUUAUUCUUUGGACGGUUCAUCAUUGGCGUCAAUUGUGGCUUGAACACCUCGCUGGUUCCCAUGUACAUAUCGGAGAUAGCACCAUUGAACCUGAGAGGCGGCCUAGGCACGGUGAACCAGCUCGCUGUUACGGUGGGCCUCCUGGUCUCCCAGGUGCUGGGCAUCGAGCAAAUCCUUGGAACGAACGAGGGUUGGCCAGUUCUCUUAGGGCUAGCUAUCUGCCCUGCCAUUCUACAGUUACUGCUGCUUCCAGUUUGCCCCGAAUCUCCAAGAUAUUUGCUCAUUACGAAACAGUGGGAGGAAGAAGCCCGUAAAGCUUUGAGGAGGUUGAGAGCCAGUAACCAAGUGGAAGAAGACAUCGAAGAAAUGAGGGCCGAGGAACGAGCUCAACAAGCCGAGUCUAGAAUAUCGAUGACAGAGCUCAUAUGUAGCCCGACAUUGAGAGCGCCUCUCGUUAUCGGUGUGGUUAUGCAACUUUCUCAACAGCUUUCAGGCAUUAACGCCGUAAGUAUUUUUACCGGCCCGUAA